AUGCAUACAGAAGGGGCUGAAAUGGAACAAGAAGUACCCAGUGAUAGAGUGGGAGCCUUCCCAGCCAUGGAAGUUGAAGGCACUGAAAUUGAGACUUCAGUUGGGGACAAACAAGUGCAGCAACAACCUGACAAGGUUCCUACUUAUGAAGAUGUGAAGGUUCCUAGUCUUGAAGAUGCCAACCUUCCUACUCCGGAAGAUGGGGAUGGGUAUAGAGUUAUUUUGAAAAAACUUUUAAAAUUGUUAGAGGAUUGGAAGAAGACAUAA